AUGGAUAAUAUUGGGAGGAGUUACAGGCCAAAUCCCAUGCCAACGGUCAAUUUUUUUAGUAAAUUGUUUUAUUGUUGGCUCUUUCCAAUAUUUAUGUAUGGUGAAAAUCACAAUAUAGAAAUAAAGGAUCUUUAUGAAAUUUUACCGGAAAAUCGUAGUGAUUUUGUCGCUGAUAAACUAGAAAAAGCUUGGAAAGUAGAAUUUAAUGAAGCUUGUAAGAAGAGAAUAAAACCUAGUUUAUUCAAGGCAAUUCGAAAAGCUUUUCAGAAAAAUAUUUUUAAAUAUGCUAUUCACUUUUUCGUAUCAUAUCUUAUAUUUAAAAUAAUGCAACCACAGGUAAUGAGCUAUUUAAUUUGGCAUUUCGAUGAGCGAUCGACAUCAAGUACAAUGGAGGCUUAUGGUUACGCUACGACUUUUCUUUUUAUAACCAUUUUCGACCAAAUUUUAUUCAGUCAUCUGAUUUUUGGAUUACGAACCGUCGGUAUAAAUGUCAGAGUUGCUUGUGCUUCUCUCAUUUACAAAAAGAUUCUAAAACUGCCUCACUCUUCUAAAUUCAUCAAUGAAGGGAGAAUAAUCACUUUGCUAUCGAAUGACGUUGACAAACUGGAAAUUUCCUUUAUAUUUAUACACGCUUUAUGGAUUAUGCCAAUGCAAACAAUUUUAAUUACCUACAUAAUUUGGCAAAUCGUUGGCAUUGCAUCAAUAGCUGGUGUCCUUAGUUUAAUACUACAAACAAUUCCAAUUCAAGUAUUUAGUGGAAGAAUGAUUGCUCUCUUCCGUAGAAAAAUUUCCAUGAAAACAGAUGGAAGAUUACAACUGACGCGUGAAAUUAUCCAAGGAAUUCGCGUGAUAAAAAUGUAUACAUGGGAGAAACCGUUCGAGCAAUUAAUGUUUUUCGCCAGAAGGCACGAAAUUGGCAUAAUAUCAAGAGCUGCUUAUUUAAAAAGCAUACUUUGGGCUUUAACAGCAUUUGCUCAACGUACACCAUUCUUAAUCACAGUUAUGAUUUAUGUACUUCAAGGUAACAGUAUAUCAGCUCACACGAUCUUCACUUUGGUCCAAUAUUUCAAUAUUUUGCAUCUGAUGGGCUUUUGUUUUUUACGAGCUGUUAAUUUGUUGUCCGAGGCAAUUGCCUCGAUCAGGCGAAUUCAGGAAUUCUUACUUCUGGAGGAGCAAAUGUCUAAUACCAAUAUUUUGAAAUCUAAUAACGAAGAGACGAUAAUAUCAUUAAUAGGAGUAACAGUAUCAUCUACAGAGAGAUCGGAGCAUAAUUUUUUAAACAAUAUCAAUAUUAAUAUAAAGCGAAACUUAUUAUAUGCUAUUGUAGGUCCAGUUGCUGCAGGAAAGACUUCUCUUUUAAAAUUAAUUUUGAAGGAAUAUAUCCCACUCAAAGGUCAAAUCCUUCUUAAUGGCAACAUAUCGUAUGCUAGUCAAGAUCCCUGGCUUUUUCGAGGCACAAUAAGAAGUAAUAUUAUUUUUGGUAGAGCCUACGACGUAAAAAGGUACAAACAAGUCAUCAAAGCGUGUGCUUUGUCCGAGGACUUUCAACACUUUCCCGAUGGCGAUAAAACUCUGAUUGGAGAAAGCGGUAUUACUUUAAGCGGAGGUCAGUGUGCAAGAGUUAAUUUGGCCAGAGCAGUUUACAGGAAUGCUGAUAUUUAUUUAUUGGACGAUCCUUUUUCCGCAGUCGAUAGUCGAGUUAGUAAGCAUUUGUUUAAAAAUUGUAUCAAUGGUAUUUUAAAAGAUAAAACUCGCAUUCUUGUAACACAUCAACUGGAAUAUUUAAAAGAAGCCGAUGAGAUAAUUUUUAUCGCCGAUGGACAAAUAAAAUUUCAAGGUAACUUUACUAGCUUUCAAGAAGUCGACGAACUAGUUCAAUAUUUAAAUGUCAACGAUAACAAAGUAAGCGACUUUCCUGACAAUAAGGAAAAUUUCGAUAAGUCCAUUUUAUCGUAUGAAUCACGUUACGAUAAUGAUCUCACCGAUAAAGAUAAGGAGAAGGAUGUGGAAGCGACGGAAAAGCUAAUAGGUCCGGAUAAUAUUAUAGGAAAAGGAAAGAAAAUAGAUGAGUCGAAGGAGAGUAAAUUAGAAGUAAUACACGGGAAUUCAGUGUAUUGGAAGUAUUUUGCAGCUGGUGGUUCGUGCAUUGCUCCCCUCGCAACAUUGCUUGCUUUUCUAAUUGUUCAAUUUUUGUCCAGCAGUUCGGAUUACUUUAUUGGAUAUUGGACUAGAAUGCAAGAUAUUAAUCGAAAUUAUUCGCACUUUGUACAAUACGGUAAUUCAAGUGUGUCUAAGCAACUUGACACUUACACGGCCAUUUACAUAUUGUCCAGUUUAAUGGUUGGAGCCUUUAUUAUAUCUAUAGUUAAGAUGGCACUGUACACGACCGUUUGUAAAAAUUCCAAUGAAAACAUUCACAACAAGAUGGCAUCUAGUCUUUUGAGAGCGACGAUACAUUUUUUUCAAACGAAUAAUUCCGGAAGAAUUUUAAAUAGAUUUUCCAAAGAUUUAGGCAUGGUUGAUGAAAGAUUACAAGCAAUGUUGUUGGAAACUAUCGAUUUUUUCUUCAUCGUACUAGGUGUCGUAAUACAAAUACUUAUUAUUAAUUGGAAAUUAAUUAUACUGGUAAUUAUCCUGGUGUACGUAUUUUGGAAAGGUCGAGUAAUUGCUAUUAAAACAACUCGUAGUAUUAUGAAACUCGAAGCCCAAGCCAAAAGUCCAGUAUUUUCUCACGUUAAUUCUUCCUUUGCGGGAGUACUAACUAUUCGCUCUUGUCAUGCUGAAUCGAUUAUCUGUAAAGAAUUUGAUGAUUACCAGGAUAAUCACACGGUCGCUGCUUCGAUCUCUCAAUAUGUCCUCAUAGCGUACAGUUUAUGGCUCGAUUUGAUGACUUUGAUAUUUAUGACACUUUUAACUUAUAGUUUCAUAGUAUUUCGAGAAAAUCAAACUAGUGGUGCUGACGUGGGACUUGCAAUCACACAAGUGCUUGUUCUAUGUAAUAUUUUAUCGAGAGGAGUAAAAUUAACCGCUGAUAUUGAAACGCAAAUGGUUUCCGUUCAUAGACUUUUCGAAUAUACUGAAUUAGAAGAAGAAUGUUCAUCGAGUAAUGAAAUUGAUUACAAAUUGCCAAGAGCUUGGCCAAAUCAAGGAAAGAUCGAAUUUGAUAGUCUUUGCUUAAGAUAUUCCCCGAACGGUCCAUUAAUUUUGAAAAAUCUAACGUUUAAUAUAGAAGGAGGUGCAAAGAUUGGUAUAGUCGGACGAACAGGCGCAGGCAAAUCAUCUUUAACGAUUGCGCUCUUUCGUUUGGCCGACAUUGAAGGCUCAAUAUUAAUCGAUAAUAUAGACACGCGUAAUGUCGAUUUGAAGCUUUUACGUAACAAAAUAUCGAUUCUCCCUCAAGAGCCUAUUUUGUUUUCAUUAUCAUUAAGAAAGAAUCUUGAUCCCACGGAUGAAUAUGACGAUGAUUUGAUUUGGUCGGCCAUUCGCGAUGUCGAAUUAAAUGAAAUAUUUGAUUCCUUGGAUUGCGUACUCCAUAGAAAUAAUUUAAGUACCGGGCAACGUCAGCUUUUGUGCUUAGCUCGGGCCAUAUUGAAGAAAAAUAAGAUUUUAAUUCUCGACGAGGCUACUGCAAAUGUGGAUAUUAACACAGAUGCUUUAAUUCAGAAGAUUAUUCGAGCGAAAUUUGCAAAUUGUACAGUGAUAACGAUCGCCCAUCGAUUAAAUACAGUUAUGAAAUGUGAUAAAAUUUUGGUAAUGGAUCACGGAAAAGUAGUCGAAUACGAUUCACCUGACGUGCUCUUAAAGACAAACGAUGGUUAUUUAUCGAAAAUGUUACAACACAGUGUUAAGGAGGAUUUUACAACGAUCUCAGAUAUGAGGCGAUUCCUUUAAUCAUGCACAUGUAGACGAGGAUCCACGCG